GUGUGAGGCUUCCAAUACUGUUGCCUUGGAAACAGACUGAGGGAGAGCAGUGAUGCUGAGAUCGGGAAGUGGAGAGACAGAGAGGCAAUAAAGCACCAACUAGUGAGUGUUUGUACAGUUCGCAUUUUCUUGAUCAUUUUCCCACACCCCGUUUGUAGAGUGAGCCGUCAAUCAAACCCAGCUCAGAGACUCCAGUGGAUUUUGCAGAGAGAGACAGAGAGAACAGCAGCGUCAGUAACCUGGGAAAGACAGAGACCAGCAGGAUGGCCACAAUAACAUGUACUCGAUUCAGCGAUGAAUAUCAGAUGUAUGAGGAACUGGGAAAGGGUGCAUUCUCCAUCGUAAAACGGUGCGUUAAGAUCCUCUCCGGACAGGAAUAUGCGGCCAAGAUUAUCAACACCAAGAAACUGUCUGCCAGGGAUCACCAGAAACUGGAGAGAGAAGCUCGGAUUUGCCGAUCCCUUAAGCACCCUAACAUCGUGAGACUGCAUGACAGUAUAGCUGAGGAAGGCCAUCACUAUCUGAUCUUUGACUUAAUCACUGGUGGUGAGCUUUUUGAAGACAUUGUGGCUCGUGAAUACUAUAGUGAGGCUGAUGCCAGUCACUGCAUCCAACAGAUCCUGGAGGCUGUGCUACACUGUCACCAGAUGGGAAUUGUACAUCGAGAUCUCAAGCCUGAAAACCUGCUGCUUGCAUCCAAGUCUAAAGGAGCUGCUGUGAAACUUGCGGAUUUUGGUUUGGCUAUAGAAGUUGAAGGGGACCAACAGGCCUGGUUCGGUUUUGCCGGAACUCCAGGGUACCUCUCACCUGAAGUAUUAAGGAAGGAUCCCUAUGCUAAACCUGUGGAUCUGUGGGCUUGUGGUGUCAUUUUGUACAUCCUGCUGGUUGGUUACCCACCUUUCUGGGAUGAAGACCAACACAGACUAUACCAACAAAUCAAAGCUGGGGCUUAUGACUUCCCGUCUCCAGAGUGGGACACCGUGACACCCGAAGCGAAAGACCUCAUCAACAAGAUGCUGACAAUCAACCCCGCGAAACGCAUCACUGCCGGAGAGGCCCUCAAACACCCUUGGAUCUCGCAUCGUGCUACAGUAGCCUCUUGUAUGCACAGGCAAGAGACAGUCGACUGUUUGAAGAAGUUCAAUGCAAGAAGGAAGCUCAAGGGGGCAAUCCUCACUACAAUGCUGGCCACUCGAAACUUCUCAGGUGGAAGGAACUCAGGCAACAAGAAGACAGAUGGAGUCAAGGAGUCCUCGGAGAGCACAAACACUACUAUUGAAGAUGAAGAUACAAAAGUGCGUAAACAAGAGAUUAUCAAAGCUACAGAACAGCUGAUUGAAGCCAUUAGCAAUGGUGAUUUUGAGGCAUACACGAAGAUGUGUGACCCUGGGGUCACUGCGUUUGAACCCGAGGCACUGGGAAACCUGGUGGAGGGACUCGAUUUUCACAGAUUCUACUUUGAGAAUUUGUGGUCCAAGAACAACAAGCCAGUGCACACUACCAUUCUGAACCCCCACAUCCACCUGAUUGGGGAUGAAGCUGCCUGCAUUGCCUACAUCCGCAUCACACAGUACAUAGACAGCAGCGGGAUCCCACGCACCGCCCAGUCCGAGGAGACACGGAUCUGGCACCGACGUGAUGGAAAAUGGCAAAUUGUCCACUUCCACCGAUCGGGAUCUCCAUCUGCUCUGGCCAACUGAAACUCCUUCUCUCCAGUCUCCUGCUGCUAUCCCUGACUGACUUGCACGCAAGGACAAUAUCUCCUGUGUAACCUCACUGCUGAACUCAUGUCUCCCCCCCACCGGACAGAGAGAGAGGUGGAAUGCUUGGCGGAAUCACUGCUGGGUUGAGUAAUCAGUUCCUCCGCUCAUCACCCGCGUGUUUGCAGGGAGAAUGAUAAAUUUCAUAACUGAUCAUCCUUUUUGUAUCCUAAGAGGCAAUAUCUGUCGUUCUGGCAUGUUUACAGUGAUAUCUAUGAUUCCAAUCAGUUUACGGUGUAGUUGUAUUUAAAUUUGUGAUAGUUAAGUGAUGACUUUAUAACUUGGCUGCGAUGCAUGUUUUUUACUGUAUUGCCGGGCGCAAAAAAAAUAUGAAAAUUACGGGCGUUUGCAAUCUCAACAUGAACUUGGGGAAGGAGAAAACAGGCAUCAAAAUUGUCGACAUCCUGUCAUUGGGAUUAUUCAUUGGAGAGCACGAGGAGCAAAUGGGAUGGUAGGAAGUGCUAGUCUAGUUAAGACUGGGCUCGGCAAGGGAACAGUCCUCUGUGGGCUUAACAGAGGCUGGAAUCAAUGUCUCUGAGGUGAAAUUUUAAUGUGAUUAAUGUGCCCCUCCUUAACCACGACUGCACUUUGAACCAGUUGGAAGCACUUUGUGAUAUGUUUGAGGGAUUGACUAUCCUGUACUUUGGUGUGAUUAAUAAGAAGGGAAAACCUUCCUCAUCUCAAAUCAAAACAACGGUCAAUAAAUGACUGUUUUGCUCUAAGAGGGCUAAUUAAUGCAUUGCCCAAUUUGGCCGAUUGCAGUUUGAAAGCAAUGAUUUUGAACACUGUUUGUACGUUUUUACAUGGCAGUCCGUCCACAUGAGCUUCCUUGGAUCUUUUGUGACACUGGCUUUACUGAGACUUGCGAUCGUUGGGGGUAAAUUGCUUAUUUCUCUUGUUCUCACAAGCUGGGAGUGUUGUUUGGCUUUAUAAGGGUUCCCAAUGGAAACUUCAGGCAGAGGAUCCUUACCUUCUACCAGACCAUGGCACUAAAUGCCACUGGCAUAAUCUGCACUGGCAUGAUUGAGAAUGAAACAUUCAGACUCAUUGAGUUUGAGCUCAAUCCUUCAAUUAUGACUGAAUCCCAUUGGAGGCCUCACAAAUGCACAGAUUGCACUAACCUAAACAAGGGCUUUCUCAUCUUUGCAGCAGAUGUUGGCCCUCCAGCUACGUCUGUGAAUUUCCACUUUUUAUCCCGCUCCUUCUUCCUCACAUAGACACACCUCCCCAUCCAUCCCCCCCACCCCCAUAUCUUCCCCCUAAAUCCCCUCAUCCCCCGCCAAGGACACAAAUCCCAAAGCUUCUGCUUACAUGGUUCCUGUCACUUAAUUGUUACCAAUUCAGCACAGAAGGCGGCCAUUUGGCCCAUUGUGUCUUCCACACCCACCCCCACUUCAGGUACCUCUUUCCAUAUCAUGGCAACUCGCUAUGUGAAAAAAAAUCUGUUCAUCUCCUCGCUCAGAUUCUUAUGCUGAUUGUCAUAAAUCUGUGUCAUCUGGGUCUGACCUGUGAUACCCAAAGCAAGUUAGAUCCACAACAUGCUCCUAAUUAAGAUCUUUCUGAAGCGUUGGUGAGGACCCUGACAUUUCCCCAUCUCUCUGUCUAAUGGGUUAAGGAAAUCUGACACCACUCUUGCCCACACAACUCUGCUGUAUUACACAGAAUGAGCCAGAAUAUGUUGUUGACUGAUGCCAAUUCCUCUCCCUAUUCCCCAUGCAGCAUCAAGACACUCUUGCUGGAGCUCCCCAGCAAUGACAAGCUUCCCAUAUCCUCUCACUUCCAUGGGAAAGGCAAUUGGACUCGAAAAAGAACAGGGUUGUGGGAGAAAAAGGAGGGGGAUGCAAGAUUAUGUUAAUAAUGGUCAGCUCUUCCAACAAAUCAGCACAGGCCUGAGCAGUUGAAGCAUCACCUUCUGAUCACUCCUGUGGUAUUCAGCAGCCACUUCUUUCUGAUGGUCAUUGGUGACCACUCUGUUGACCCUUAGCAACCUACCCAUUCCUUACGGUUCUUAACAACUCAUCCCUUUACUUGACUUUUUGCAAUCAGUCCAUUGACCCUCACCAACCUGUCUCUUCUCGUGACCCUCUGCAACCUAUCUUUGUUUGUAUGGCCCUUAACAACAGUCUGUUAGUCCUCAGAAAAUAGCCCUUUCUGAUGGUCUGUAGUACCCUGGCAAUUGACACUUAGCAUUGUGUCUUUUUUUAUGUGGACCUUGACAAUCAUCCCUUCUCUUAACUCCUUUGAUGCCAAGAAAUGAGUCCAAUGACCCUUAGCAACCAAUCCCGUCUCAUGACCCUUCACAACCAAUCCCUUCUUAUGAAUCCUCAGCAACCAUUCCAUUAGCCCUUGGCAACUAGAAGACGCUUAUGGUUCUCAGCAUCUUGACAAUUGACUCAUAGAAACCUGUUCCUUUUCAAUUGGUUCUUAGCAAUCCAUUCUUACUCUGACCAUUAGUAACCAGUCUCUUGGCCCUUAGAAACCUGUCUAUGGGCUCUUAGCAACCUGCCCCUUUUCUUAGCAACUUGUCCCUUUUCUUGACUUUUUGCAACUAAUCCAUUGGCUUUUAGAAACUAGCGUUUCCUUUGCAAUCUAUCUCUUGGCCCUUAGGGACCAGUCACUUCUCAUGGUCCUUGCGAACAAGUCCAUUGAUCCUCAGCAACUGUACCCCUAGUUCUUAGUUACCUGUAGUUUUUCAUAGCCCUUAGUAAUUAGCCCUUGGUCCCUAGAAACCAGUCCAUUGGCCCUUAGUAAUCAGUCCAUUGGCCUGUAUGAUCAAUCCCUUCCCAUGGCCUUUGACAAUCUGGCUCUUGGAGCUUAAUAACUAGACUUUUAGAUAGCUGUCCCUUUUCAUGAUCCUUAGAGCCAAUCCCUUGAUCCACAAGCUAACCAACACUGAAGAUAGAGAGAAACCAUUCACAAGUUGCUUUGAAGAAUUGACACUUUUUUUUCAAACUUGUCAGGAACAGUGUGCCCUCUUUGGGCUUUGAGGCUGUGGUCCUCUGACUUACAAGGCAGCUUAGUAACUCAUAAAAUACUGCACAGGUCACAUACAAGCUAUCUCCUUUAAGAUACUACUUGGGUGAGGCCACACAAAGAAAGAUUAGGAGACCAUGGAUUUAAAUGAAUAGACCACACACAAGACACUGAAAUUAGAGAGGACAUUACUGCGAGGCUAUUCAGCUCUUGAACCGGUUUCAUUGGGACAGGAGGAGGCCAUUUCAGCCCCUCGAGCCUGUUCAAUUGGAACAGGAGGAGGCUAUUCAGCCCCUUCAGACUGUUCCACAAUUUAACCAGGAAGCUACGCUUGGAUGAGGGUGGGAAUGGAAAUGGGUUGUUUGCUGUUUUUGUAUCACAAACUAGGAGAAAGAGUCAUUUCAUCACUUCUGCUUGCUUAUUUGAGAAAGUGAAUCAAUCAGACAAUCAUGCACCAUUUCUAGUGUUGGUUUCUUUGCUAGCCUGAGCCUUUGCACUGGACUCUGGACCUCACCAGAGAUCUGCUUUCGUACCUCUGUAUUGUAUUGCCAAUUAAAUCGAUGCCUUUCUGUACAUUUUCGUAAGUGACUUUACUGUAAACUGUUGUGACGCUGAAGAAAUUAAUGAAUUGAGUAAAGCUUCUGACCUUGGAAUAUGGUUCAACUCAUAGGUAAGGUUGCCGGUGAAUGACUUGUGAAUAUUUUAAUUGGUGUUUCACAAAUAAAGAGAUUUUAUCAGUUUGUCUUGAA